CCAUCCAUCUUGUAUUAUUAUUGUCAGUGGUGGAUUUGGAAGAAAAAGAAGAACGUCAAUUUACAGUGCUGACAAAGAGCGUUGUAUUAAUUUAGAACGUAAUUUGAUGUCAUUUUACUUAUAAACAUUUUCAGUUACCUUUUUUAUACCGGAUAUUAUAAAAAUUAAUAAAUACUGCUUGUAUUUAAUGGAAUGUCAAUGUUUAUUCAAAGUUUAGUGAUUGUGACAGCUGAUGAAAAGCCGAGUUGUUACGUAGGUGGACACAGCUGUAUUGGACUGUCUCAUUAUAUUUGUAUUGAUAAAAAUUCGACAGUGAAUUAUUUAGUUUAAUAGUAAGUUUGGAUUGUAUCGAACUUAUCAUUUGAUAGAGUCAGUUUCGUUCUGAUUGUUUCGUCUCGUAUUCUACUCAGAUUUAUGAGAAAAUAAAUAUUAUUUAUGGAUUAAUUUUGUGAGAUCAGUUUAAGACUGUGUAAAGCAGUCAACUUUAUAUACAGUGAUCAUGGAACAAAUGAUUGCCUUGAGUACACAAAAUCCAUUAACUUUAUUAGUAAAGUUUGGAAUGAUGGCUUGGAAUGAUACUUGUGGCAAUGAAAAUUGUUCUGGACAUGGAGAAUGUCAUAAUGGUACUUGUUUGUGUGAGAUUCAAUUCGAUGGAUUAGAAUGUCAUGUUCCAAAUUUAAGUUACUAUAUCGCAUUUGCAACUAUAUUCUUUAUGUUGGCAUUUAUAUGCCUAAUCCAACUUAUCAUGUGUAUCAUUGCUGAAUGGCAAAAAAUGAAAGCACCAUCAUUUCUGAGAGCUUGUAGGAUUACUACGCAAAAAGUUUUAUAUUUUAUUGUGUUUCUUGCUUCAUUGAUAAGAGGAGCAUAUUUUACAUCUCCGACUGCAUUCAAGGAGGGAUGGUCUAGAAGUUUAUUGUCCGCAUAUUAUCCACUUGUUUUAAGUGGAUCUUCAUUAAUUGUUUGUUUCUGGGCUGAAGUAUUUCAUUUGAAAGAUAUGUCAUGGGAUAAACCACAGUUUCUUUCAAAAUCAUUUAUGGGCUUUGUGGUAUUCAAUGUACUAACAUAUUCUCUGCUGUUGGCAGAAUUUAUUACGGUUCAGAUAUAUUCACAAGAAUAUCAGGGAUUCUAUACCAAUGUCUUUAACGGAUGUUACGCAGUACUCCUAUUUAUUGUAGUAGUUUUCUUCUUAAUUUAUGGAGUAGAAGUAUUUUUCAAGGUUCGAGGUGGAUUCCUUUAUGAUUAUCAAGAUAGCACAGUAGUCUUGAACAAGCGUAUGGUCUCUGAUUUAAAAGUUAAUGCUGAAGAACAAGUAACCACAAAAUUAUUUGAUCCAAUCCCAAGUACUUCGCAGUCUUCGCAAGUGCAACAACAAAUAAAUAUUUCUCAGUUACAUCAAUCUCGCGUUGGAUUAUUGUCACAAGCUUUUAUGCUUUUCAUCGUUGUCGGAUUUUUGUGUGGCGAAACAUUCGGGGAAUUGUGGAAAGCUAAAGUUCCCCUGUACAGCAGAAAUUGGCACGAUGUCGUUUUUCGCGUUAUCGAAGUAGGAGUAAUAUUAUGGUUUCCCUGUGUGUUAUGGAAUUGUUUCAGUCCAGAACAAUUAUGGAUUUUAAAUCCAAAACGUAUUUUGAAAAGAUUAGAUCACUCCAAGUAUUUGAAAGAAAUCGAAUUACAAGAUAAAAGUGGAGAACAAGAUACUUCUCCCUUCUCGGAUGAAACAUCAAUUAGUAGCAAAGAUUGUUGGAUUUGUUACGAUAGCGAUAGGCAAGAUGCCGGCCCAUUGAUACAACCUUGUCAAUGUAGAGGUGAUGUCAGUGCAGUACAUCACAAUUGUUUGCGACGAUGGUUGGUUGAGAGUUCUAUAAAUGCUGAUAGUCUUACUUGCAAAGUAUGUGGUACACAAUAUAAUGUGGAACAUACAAAUAGAUUAGACUGGCAAAACAGCAUUACUUCACGCCAUUGUUUGCAAACAAUUGUUAUUGUUACAACAAUGUGUGGAUCGUCAGCUGCUGCUUGGACACUUAUUCAAUUAGUAGAGGGUCCAAUUAUCCGAAUGUUCGCUGCUGGUACUGCAUUAUUAGUAAUGUAUGUUUGUAUAAGGUUUUUAAGUUUAAAUACAGUUGUGGCAUAUCAGCGUGCUAAAAUUUCGUCUUUAAAUAUAAUUGGCUCUGACAAUAGUGGAACUACACAUGUUUCUACUAUUAGUCACACGGUUUGUGUAGACUUGCCAAAAUCAGAAACAGCAGCAAUAUAAACCAGUAUGUACGUUUUAAAUCGUUCAAAAGUUGUUGAAUUUUAACUUACGAGGGUAAUAAGCGAAAAAAUUAGAAUACAAAAUUCUUAAAAGGAAAUUGAUAUAAAUAAUAUGAAAUUGUUUUCUAUAAUUCUUUAUAUGAUUUUUAAAGUAAUUAAAAUUAAUUGCUACUAUUGGUGAAAAGUGCUACUAUCUAGCAUAUUAUUUUAAAAGGUGAUCAUUUGAUUUCUUAAUUUUCUCACGUUUUUGACUAGUCUGUUAACAAGUUACCGUAAUUUAAAAAAAAAAUUUUUGAAUUGCCUUUCUGCUUAUAAUACCAAAUAUUUGCAUAAUUUAAAUCAAUAUUGGUAAAAAAUUAUGGAAGUAAUUUUGCUGUAAGGAAAUGUGUGUGUUUUUUUUCCAGUUAUUAAUAUUAAUUGUGUAAUCAUUUUUGAAAUCGUUAUUUCAUAAUUUUACAAAUUUGCUGUUAAACAAUUAAUAUUGAUGUUAUUUUUAUGGAAGUUAAAUACGAGUUUAAAAAUCAUUUGUAUACGUUACUUAAGUCGAAAGAUUUAUGCAACAUUUAAGAUGCAUUGGACUAAAAGUAUCUAAAAAUAUCAAUGAUUGCGAAAGUAGAAAAUGAAAUGUGAUUUGAAAGAAUGAAAUAUUACCAACAUAAAAUAUAAGUGUUAUACAGUGGCUGCCCGAUAAGUGUAGGGACGCUCCUUGUUCACACGCGAGCGCGCAUCUUAUUCUGUCAUCUAGGAAGAUAAAAAAUGUUUAUGUGUAUGGUAUUGCGUUUAACUUGUAUAUUCUUAAUUGACUCACCUUAUAUGUGAUAGCAGUGAGAAAAAUCAGGUUGCGAGAAGAACGUGUAUAUUAGUUGCUUGAUAAAUGGACGUUUUCUAGAAAAAUCCUCAUCUAAUAAACUACGGCGCAAUCAUUUAUCGAGUGACCACUGUAUAUCCUUUUUUGGAAUUGCCAUGUUUUUGCGGAUGUGAAAACGUUUACCGUUUAUUAUAAUCCGGGUACUAAAUGUACAUAUAUAGGUUCCAUGUUUAUGAUGGAAUGUUCUAAAAAAAUAUGUACUAGGUAAAAAAUUAUCUCGAAUUGUAAAAUUAUAGCACGAACUGAUUGUAGUGCUAUAACUAUGUAUGGUUACAUAAAAUUUGGUUUUAUGAAAUCAGAAAUACUGUGAAUAGUGCAUGUUUUAUGAAUAAUUCAUUAACAUGUAAUAGUUUUAUAUAGAUACUAAGAAUUAUAUUAUUUCUGUAGUAUAUGAAUUUUAUAUUUGAAAAUACUCGUAUCUCAUGCGGCUUAGUUUUAUAGAAUGUAUAUGUAUAUAACAUUAUAACUAAAAAGUGAUAUGUAUUUCCUGUCCUUUAGCAAAUAACGUUCAAUGAAAUAUUGUAAUACUAACAAAUAUUUUUUUUUGCUGCAUUUUUUGUAGAAGUACAAAAAUUUCUUAGCUUUAAAAAUCAAUUAUGGAGUUGUCAUUUAUAUGGUUGUUCAAUUUGUAGAUUAUAUAAUACAAACAUUAGUGAUUUGCGAUUAAGAAGUACUAAUAAACAUGGAUUGAUAUCUGUUUCAAAUAAAAUAAUAAAAUAUUUUUUCAUUAGUAAUUUUACAAUUAAUUUUGAUUACUAAUAUAAAGUUAUAUGUAAAAUACCUACUUUUUAUUAUAUUACUGUUUGAAAAAAAUAUAUUAGAUGUAAUAUCGAAAAUGUUUAAUUAUCAAUUAAAAAGUUGUUUAUAUUAUCUUGCAGAAGAAACUUAAAAAUUUUUUAUUUAAUAUACAAUUUAGUAAAACUAAUUUAAAUAUAUUCUUGUAGAAAAAUAAUAUAAAUGUAUAACAUGAGCCAUAUGAAUGAUUACAUAGAAGACAAAAUAUCAAUAAGCUGUGAUUAUGAUAAACUGUAAAAUAUUUGAAUAAACGAUUACUAAAUAAAAGGGCCAAAACAAAAGUACAUUA